AGUUUGGCAUUUACCAAGCAACAUCCAUCAACUAAUAUUCCGAACAGAUCCGAUAACAGCUAUGAUGCUCGAUCGUAGGAUACAGUGAACUAGGGAAUUGGGGAAAAAGAAAGGAAAACUGAAGCCAACUUAGAUAUGUUACAACGGUUGUAAGAAGGCAGCACUCGGAACUCUUCCUCUUCCCUGCUCAUAUAUAUAGCCGAUGAAAUUCAGCUUGCCAAUAAAUUUAGAAAAUUAAGCCAAGAGGCAAUAGCAAACCUGGGAUCGAGAAGAACGGGAAAAUGGCUAGCGACGUCUCAAAUAGCAACCAUGUUGGUUUGGUGAUGAAACUGGAGCGUGGAGUUGUAUGAGCGGCAUGACUGGAAAGUGACCUAGGGUGACAGUGUGAGUGUGUGACUGUCAAGGGAGAUUAGGAGAGAGCUUAUCUUUAUCAGAUUGGGAAGUAGAAGACAAAAAUACAUCAGUGUCUUCUGUAUUUUUCUUGAAUUAACAUGCCAGCUACAACUCUCGAGGCUUCAACUUCUGAUUAGAACAAGCUUCCAGCAAAUAAAAUAUAUAAGUACACUGAGCCACGACACAGCAAAAUGCUGCGUUAGCAAUGCAAAAUACUGGCUUGAGCAUGCAACUAUGGCAAGAUCCACCACCAGCCUACCACGCGGCUAUUCUUGCUGCCAAUUGUUGGAACAUGAUGAUGUGUUGGCUCAUCUCGAGGUUAGUGGACACACUAAAAAAUGUACUUGACAUGAGAAGACUUCACUGUUGGAAUCUCUAUGCUGCCGCCAGAUCUCAAGCCACAGCAGACAGAAUCUGGGAUAUGUAAUGGCAUGAUUCUUCAUGUCUACCAAAUAAUGGCUAUUGCUUGUACACUUUCGAUGUAUAAAUAGGUCUCAGCAGAAUGGUAGACACAUCAAACCAAAGGUUGCUCUUCCUCAACUCCUCUCUUCAAGCACAAUACAAAGAAAAGCUUUCAGAUCAGAUAUGGCUUUCCACCAAAGAUCGAUAAGUUUGCCUUCUAGGCCUCACAUCAGUGAGACCGAAGUUGAGCAAGAGCUGCAGAGCCUAGAGACAAGCAUCUCUUCCUCCAUUACCAUUGGCACAAUGUGCGAUGGUCUUCGAAGACUUGUGAACAUCUACAAUGGUGUUGAAGAGAUUAUUUGCCUGCCAAGCAACCAAGUUUUCUCCAUCCAGAAGAGGAAGAUGUUGGAUGCUGAAAUGGAAGGUUCUCUUGACCUGCUGGAUCUCUGCAGCACCAUGCAAGAGAUCUUCGCCGAGAUGAAGGCAAUCAUCCAAGAUCUCCAAGUGGCUCUGAGGAAAGGAAAUGACACAGCUGUGCAAGCCAAGAUCCAGUCUUAUGCUUGCUUGGCGAAGAAGGUGAAGAAGCAUUUCAAGAAGACCACAAAGAAGGCUAUGUCUGAUAAGGAGUGCAGGAUGGUCAUGCUAUUGACCACGGCUAGAGAGGUCUCCAUCUCUCUGCUGGAGUGCACAUUCCAUCUGUUAUUCAAGCAAAUCGAAAUGCCAAAACAGUCUCUUGUCUACAAGGCAUUCCACAAAAAGAAGGCAGUUGUUUGUGAGGACCAAUUACAGGAGUUAGAGUCCAGUGUCGGAGAUCUUGAGGAUGGGGCAGCACAUCUGUUCAGGAAAUUACUCCAGAGCAGAGUUUCUCUCCUAAACAUCCUUAGUUCAUAGAUACUCCAUGGCACUCUUUACAACCUGCCAUUGGCAUCCGCCUUUUUGAGGAUUGGCUGAUCUUGAUACAAUUUGCACAUAUGUAUAAUUGUAUAUAGAACAGAUGUACAGAAAUUUAUAGAAACAAAGACCAAAGUUUUGAUCCA